AACAGUAAACCUAAAACCCGAGUUUCCGGUCUGUGAAAAACCCCAAUGACAGGAGAGCAUCAAAGUCUCUCUCUUUCUCAUCAAAGACCGGAAUCCCCUCUACGUCCCUGCAAACUGCCUAGAAUCGACGGUAGAGAAUCAACAGAGGAAGAGAGUGAGUCGAUUGAGAGGAAUAUGACACCGAAUUCGAGAACUCAAAGAUACCUAGUAGCAAUUGAGUACAUCGGAACUCGGUUUUCUGGCGCCCAACAGCAGGCAACUUGCAGAACCGUCAUGGGCGUUCUUCAGGACGCGUUUCAAAAAUUCAUUGGGCAGCCAGUUUCUAUUUUCUGCUCGAGCCGGACUGAUGCUGGUGUUCAUGCAUUAUCAAAUGUCUGUCAUGUGGAUGUUGAGAGGAUAAGCAAAAGAAAACCUGGUGAAGUUUUAUUGCCCCAUGAACCUGCCGUAGUUCUAAAAGCUGUUAAUCAUUUUUUACAGAAGAGUGAAGGUGAUAUUAUGGUGGUCGAUGUUAAGUGUGUUCCAUCUGAUUUUCACGCGCGCUAUAAAGCUUUAGAACGGACGUACUUCUACCGUCUGUUAUCUGGGAAGGAACCUCUGUCUACCUUUGAGAAAGACCGUGCAUGGCAUGUCCCAGAAGAACUUAAUGUUUUAGAUAUGCAGAAAGCAUGCAGUGUACUUGUUGGACACCAUGACUUUAGUUCUUUCAGGGCAGCUGGAUGCCAGGCCAAGUCACCUAUUAGAACUUUGGAUGAGCUAACUGUCACAGAGGUUGCUUCAAGCCCAUAUUUCCCCUCGGUGUUGGAUAGAGAACAAAGCAGUUAUGGCCUGGCCAGUUCUGUUUCAGUCUCAAAGAAGUUACAAGAUGAUUCUCCCUCUCUUGCUGGGAUUUCCGAUGAACUUGUAGAAAACUCUGGAGCAGUGGCAUUUCAUAAAUUUGGAGUAAGGAAAAGGCACCGUUGCUUUGUAGUUACUGCAAGAGCACGGUCCUUCCUGUACCAUCAGGUCAGAUUGCUCGUUGCGGUUCUGAAGUCAGUGGGCACCGGUGAUCUCACUAUUUCUGAUGUUGAGAAAAUACUUGAAGCAAAGAAUGUAAGUGCCGCCCCUCCAAUGGCCCCUGCAUGCGGUCUCUACCUUGGACAUGUGAAUUAUGAUCUUCCUUCGGACAUCUGACGUUGUUUGUUUUCCGGAGCGAAUGGUUAUCUAGGAUAGUACUACAAGCUAAUGGUUUCAGGUAACUCCGGAUUAGGCCAAAGUUGAUCUUGGUUUAGACUUUAGACUUUAGACUAACCCCAAAUUCUUUACUUAUCAUUUGUUACGUGAUAUUUUGAGCUGUAUUUCUCUGAUAUUGUACUAAAAGUUUAAUUCAGAAGAGAAUACAUAGUUUAUUGUAAUUUACUGUUAUACUCUAAAUGGACGCCUGUACGCUUGAAGCGACAACGUUGUAUUUCACUAAAUUUGAAAUACUACUACUCUACAACUUAUGAUUAAA